AUGAAACCGAAACAGAGGGUCGAUGUAAUUGAGUCGGUCAAUCAGCCGGAGGGGCGACCUUUCCAUCGCGCGAAUCCGGUCGCUCCCGGGGGGGAGGAAGCGGGUCCAUCUAAUAGGACCCCUCCCGUAGUCCCCUAUCCGUAUGAACCGGAGGAAGUGAUCGGGGGAGAUUCUGUUCUGUCGAUCCAGCAGAGACUCUUGGCCCAAUACCCCUCUCCCUCUUACGAAGCGAUAGAAAUGACAAAAAUGCAGGCCGAAGACCUAUUCGAGGUCAAGGUCGAUAUUAUCAGGCUCAUGGGGGUCCUUGACCCGGAGGGGGAUUGGGAGCGGCGAGGGGCUCGCGCUCUCGAUAAUCCCCGGACUGCCACGGGAGAGCAAGCAGUCCUUGGAGAGACUCUAUGA